AUGGCGGUGUGCGCCCGGCUCUGCGGGGUCGGCCCGGCCCGCGGCUGCCGCCGGCGCGGGGCCGCGCGGGAGCAGCGGCGCGGAGGCGGCGGUGACAGCGAGCCCGACACCGACACCGACCCCGAGGAGGCGGGAGGCGGCGGCUCCGCGGUGGACGAGGUGGCGGCGGAGCGUAUCGAGGGCGGGAGGCCCGCACCGCAGCCCGCCGAGGCCGGCCCGGCCGGGCGGGCCCCGCUGUCCCUGCUGGAGCUGCCACCCGAGCUGCUGGUGCAGAUCUUCGGUUCCUUGCCCGGUACCGACCUGCCCAGCCUCGCUCGCGUCUGCACCACGUUCCGCCGCAUCCUCCGCACCGACACGAUCUGGCGGCGGCGCUGCCGCGAAGAGUACGGCGUGUGUGAGAACCUGCGGAAGCUGGAGAUCACGGGAGUGUCCUGCCGAGACGUCUAUGCCAAACGUAUAAACCCACGAGUGAAGUCGGGGCGUUAUAUGAAAAUCCUUCCCGACUACGAGCACAUGGAGUACAGAGAUGUUUACACCUGCCUGCUGCACCGCUACCGACACAUCCUGGGUCUGUGGCAGCCGGACAUCGGGCCCUACGGGGGACUGCUGAACGUGGUGGUAGAUGGUUUGUUCAUCAUUGGCUGGAUGUACUUGCCACCUCACGACCCUCACGUCGAUGACCCCAUGAGAUUCAAACCUCUCUUCAGGAUUCACCUCAUGGAGAGGAAAUGUGCCACAGUGGAGUGUAUGUAUGGGCACAAGGGCCCUCACAAUGGCCACAUCCAGAUUGUAAAGAAGGACGAGUUCUCCACGAAGUGCAACCAGACAGAUCACCACCGCAUGUCAGGGGGAAGGCAGGAGAUGAAGUGCCUUUGUCUCUCCCCUUGUGUCCUGGGGCUGCAGGAGUUCCGGACGUGGCUGAGGGAAGAGUGGGGUCGGACUCUGGAAGACAUCUUCCACGAGCACAUGCAAGAGCUCAUCUUGAUGAAGUUCAUCUACACCAGCCAAUAUGACAACUGCCUGACGUACCGGCGCAUCUACCUCCCUCCCAGCACGCCCCAGGACCUCAUCCAGCCAGGGCUCUUCAAAGGCACCUAUGGCAGCCAUGGCCUGGAGAUUGUCAUGCUGAGCUUUCAUGGGAAGAAGGCAAAAGGGACUAAAAUCACUGGAGAUCCCAACAUCCCAGCUGGCCAACAGACUGUGGAGAUUGACCUGGCCCAUCCCCUGCAGCUGCCUGACAUCGAGACCCUGCGGGAUUUCAGCGAGCUCUCUCGCCUGGUGCUGGAGGUGCAGGAGCAGGUACGUCGGGAGGAGCAGGAGCAGGAGGAAGAGGAGCACAGCCAGCAGCCUGCCUCCCAGCCUGCUGCCAGGCCCCACCAAGGAGAAGGUGCUGAGGGGGAAGAGACUGCAGCUGGGGCUGAGGGACCCCCCCAGGAGAAGGCAGCAGCUUCCCAACCCUUCGUGCUGCCCAUGGGCGUCAUAUCGAGGAACGAGGACUAUCCCCGGACCUGCCGGAUCUGCUUCUAUGGGACGGGGCUGAUCGCUGGCCACGGCUUCACCAGCCCCGAGAGGACCCCGGGGGUCUUCGUGCUCUUCGACGACGAUCGUUUUGGCUUCAUCUGGCUGGAGCUCAAGUCCUUCAGCCUCUACAGCAGGAUCAAGGUCUCCUUCCAGAAUGCCCAAGCACCUUCCCCAGAGGCUUUUGAUGAAAUGCUGAAGAACAUUCAAUCCUUGGCUACUUGAAGGGUGAUUUGGGAUGGACAAGGCUCGGGGUUGCAAAGGCUGCUGCGCUCCCCAGCCAGGGCUGGGAUGGGGAAUCCUCGCUCCUGGUACCUCUGAAGAAAAGCAUGCACUUUGAUUAAAGCCUUUUUACCCCAAAUGUCCCCAUCCCAGUGAAAUGAUCUGUGAGUGCCCUUUCCUCCCUGCCCUCCACGCUGCUCCCUGGCAGUCCUUGGUACUCAGCCUGGUAAGGUAGCUUUGUAGAGCCACAGGGAUCCUGCAGAGGAGGACACAGACCUGUCCUGCUGCAUAAAGAAUGUAUUGGAACACAAAUAAGAUCAGAGCUGGAUCAGAAGCACAGCUGAUUGAGUGGAUGGACACAAGCCUUGUGCUCUGACCACCAGCAGUCUCUGGAAAGAGCUCUUCUCCAGGGAAGGGACUCCUUUGAGCCUUUGCUGUGCUCUAGGCUGAUCUCUCCUCCUGGGAGACUUGCCUUACCCUCCUGAAAACCCAUGUGAUCCCUGUGCAGGCUGCCUGGCUGCUCCAUGAGAUGUGGCAUCAGCAGUGACAAAGCACCUCCUCCUCUCCAGAAGCCUUUCCCUGCAGCAGCAUCACGAGAGGUUGGUGUCAUAGCUGCAUCCUUGGCUUAGGAAUUGGAGUGGGUGGUUUCCUCCUGGGCUUGGCAGCAAGGGGAGGAUUCCCACUGCAAACACCAGCCUGUGGAGCCUUGCCCUGGCUUCUGGAGCUCGAUGGAUGUGCUGUCCCUGGGGCUCUAGGUCUGGGUGUUUCCUUGAGCACAGAGGAGGUGAUUCUCACAGAAGCUGGGUGUGGAACUGGAAGUGAGGAUCAGCUGCAGAACCUGGUGCAUCCCAAGUGAGUUUGUGCUCAGAGGUUCACCUCAGAUCUUUUCAGCUGGUUGCUCCCAUGGCCAAGGACCUUCUGCUGUGUUGAGCUGCCCAGGGAUGGUGUGGCAGGCACUCAGCAGCUGGGCACUGGGCUGUUUGAGAGGCUGAUGGGGCAGUGGAGUGGAGGAUAAGUUACCAAUGUGAGUGCCACUGACCUUUGGGGUGGUUUUUCCCCCUUUUCCUUGUGUAACUCCCUGAUUCUGAGGUUGGGUUUUGCGUUGCAGGCUUUGUAAUGCUUGGGGAGGGAAAGAGCACGAGGCUGGCUGUGUUCAUUAGCUUCAUUAAAGCAAUCUGCACUUUUCUUUCCCCUUGGAUGAACACUCCUGCUUCCCCAGAGCAGGUGUGUCCUGUUCCUCUGUGUGUUUUGCACUCACCUCCUUAACCUGACACCAGUGGAUUCAUCUCCAAGCACCUCCAUCAGACUCAGAGUGUACAAAUGCAGGUGCAGCAGCUCCCUGCUGAGCCACAGGCAGCACAGAGGGAAAGCUGAGCUGCUCAGUCUGAAAUGCCACUUGACAUCAGACACCUCAGUUCCAGGCCACAGUGAUGUGGAACAGGAUAAGCUGGAGCAGCUCACCUGCCCUGCCUGAGGGAAGGGGCUGGGCUUCACCUUUUGUUUUGAGGGCUCUGAGAGGAAAGGGCUGUAAAAGAAGCCAAACCUGAGUGCAGCACUUGGCCUCCUUCAGGGCAGGUGUGAGCAAGCUGAGCAAAUGCCUGUGUUACUUUGACAGCUCAUCACUGUUACCCAAGGAGCCUUUUCCAGUUUCAAAGAAUAAACAGGAAAGUUUGGUCAACUUC